AUGGCUACGAUAGCGCAACAUUCAGAUGUGCUCGCAACGGCCAUUUUGGACGACAUCCUACUGGACACGGUGCAGUUGCUUAACGAGGACGACAGACAACAGUCUUACCACCGGCUAGAAGCUCACCACGCCGAUCAACUUGACGAUAUAUUGGCUCGCAUUCACGAGAUCAAACGAGAGGAGGACAGCAUGAUUCAUCAAGGACUGGCACUUGGCUAUCAAACCCAAGGUGUAAAAUGCAAUCUUCCGACUGCGUCACGUCACGGCAUUAUUAACCAGAAGUCAGCGAAGCACGAAAGCGUAAACCUAUCGAACUUGACGCUCCCGCUUGAAGUGGUGAUGAAUAUCAACGUAUCUGACGGAGACGGAAAUCCGUCGCCGUCUGGACGCGUUGCCGAAAUUUCUGAUUGGAGCAUGGCUUUCAACAACGAUGAAUUUGAUUUCAUUGAGCUCAAGGCUCCAGCGCAACAAACGUUGUUUGCAGAAACGACGGUGGGAACUUCAAUCCUACAAGGUAAACGUCUCCAGUCCAUCGAGCGGAAAAGACACAAGUUUCAACACCACCGCCGUCUUGUGGAAUCGUCCCUCGCUGAGACUGGAAUGACGCAAUAUGCAGUCAUUGAAAUACUGGAGGAAAUGCUGCUGGGCGAUCUGAUCGAGGAGACCACAACAGAACUCAACAACACCCUUAUCUCUCUGUCGGACACAUUGCUGACCAAUUUGCUGUGAUUAAAGCUUGUACAAAAUAAUGCCAGCCUCAUACUGCUAAUCUAUAUUACUUC